AAUAUUGUAUAAAUUAUUUUAUAGUAUCAAAUGGCAGAUGUAUUAAUUUAUAUUACUAAGAGGCGAUUUCCAAUCGGUUAAUAUUUCAUGAUUGCAUUAGAAACCAGCUUAUAACUGCGCUAUUUUUUAAGAGGUUAUGAGGUCGAAUACGUAGAUUAUGCAGAGCGUGUGACGUGUGCGAAGAUGGCGGCACUAGAAUACUUAAUUGUUGCCAAGGAUUUGAGAAUUGCGUUUUAAUCAACGUUGUAUUGAAUGAUGUGGUAAUCUAUUCGAAACUGGCUGAACAUAUGAAAUAAUGCCCGCGUUUAACAAAAGUAGACUGUAGAAAUUAAAGAUUAUUAUUGGGAAUCGUUACUGUGGUGUAUUUAGGCAGAGUUACGUCGUACGUGUACUGUACUAAAAUGAAUGGUUACGAGUUGAUAAUCGCUCUUGGAAUUAUUGGCCUGGCGUUCAUGAGUUACAAGAACAAACUUCUUAAUGAGAGACUGACAGCCAUUGAUGCUAACUGCUCUACUGCUAUGAAAAACGUGGAAAGUCACCCUGGCUUCAUAGAAGUUGACCCAAACAUACUCAUUGGCGGAACAUCUGGUUGGUGUCGAGGUGAGAGUAACAUUGAUAGAACUUGUAAGUUUCGUCAUCUGUGUUACAUUCCUCGAUAUGAAGAGUUUAUUUUCUUUCACGGGUCCAAAACCAUGCAGUCAGGGAUUCCUCGCGAUCGAUUCAGUCCAGCACUUGCCGACCUAUCAUCUGUGCCGAACCAUAACACCCAGUAUUUCAAUUACGUCGAUAUACCAGUGGAGGCUAUUCUAAACUUCGACAAAAUCUUUCUUUUACAAGGAAACAGUUUAAUCUUCAACCGAUUCAAUCCUUCUAACUUGAUGCACGUUUUCCACGAUGAUCUCUUGCCACUGUUUCAUAUUCUGUCUGAGCUUCAUUAUGAUAUCAACACAUCCAACACUCGUCUUGUUCUCUUUGACGGACACAAAGAGCUAGAAUAUUUCGAUUUGUACAAAUUAUUUUCAUCUCAGUUACCUUUACUGAAACACGAUCUAAAUAAGUCGGGAAACGCCCUGGUUUGUUUCGAGAAGGCUUUUAUUGGCUUAUCCAACGAGACCACUUGGUACCAGUAUGGAUUCGAAAAACCACAAGGACCCCUCAGUAAUUUCAGAAUCACCGCCAGAACUAUUGAACUUUUCACAGCCUAUUUGAAAAGUAAAAUAGGUGUAACAAGUGAGGAGUUUUCGCAAAAUAAACUAAAUGGAAUCUUGAUUGGACGUCAAACCAAUCGAUUGAUAUUGAAUGAAGGAGAAUUAGUGAUGGAAUUGGCCAGACAUCUGCGCGUCAGUAUCCAGUUGAUGUAUCUCGAAGACGUUAGUCUAGUAGAGUUAAUUCGUAAGAUUUCGUCUGCUAAUCUCUUAAUAGGCAUUCAUGGUUCUGCUCUCGCUCUCUCGAUGUUCCUUCCAAAAGGUGCUCAACUAGUGGAGAUCUUUCCAUAUGCUGUCAACCCGGAACAUUACAGGCCAUAUAAGACAUUAGUUUCCCUUCCCGGGUUAGAGAUCAGUUACUUUGCUUGGCGAAAUAUGGACAAGGAGAACACAGUUUUUCAUAGGAAUGCGCCUAAAGAAUUUGGGGGAAUUGAUCACUUACCUCUUGAAGAACAGAACAAAAUUUUAAGUAGUUCAGAGGUGCCUUUACACCUUUGUUGCAAUGAUCCAGAAUGGCUAUUCAGAAUUUACCAAGAUACGACUGUGGAUGUUCAGUCGUUCAUUAGUAAACUGAAGAAAGCCAUGGCUGAAGCUAAAUCAGACAAAGGUAUUGACGCAUCUGCUUCUGAGUUGUAUCCAUGGAAGGUUCAAGAAGUGGAGUGUAAGAAAGUGACAAAGACCGCAGAUAUUGUUAGUCUAGAAGUAUUCUGGCAACCACCUUGGAACCUGAAAUAUUUUAUGAAACAUGAAAUGGAAAUUCAGUAUGAAGUCUGGAUCCAAGAGGCCUUUGUUGAUAACACAAAAGCAUGGAUUUUGAACAGCACAAGAUACAUAUUUGAAGGAGAAUUUGUAGCAGAUGCGACAUAUUAUGUUUGGAUUCGGUGCAUAAUAAUAAACAACAUUGGACCAUUUUCUAGUGUUUCAAUAUGCUAAAAAUUAUUUAUUUAAUAACUUAUUACUAUAUUUAUUCACUGCAAUAAUUUAUUUAUUUAUUUGUUCAUUCAUCCAGUUAUCCAUUCGUUCUUUCAAACAUUCACUCCUUCAUUUAUCCAGCCAUUCAUUUUUUUAAUUAUUUUGUCUGCCUUUCUGCUGCGUUUAUAUACUUGAUUUCUGCUGCGUUUAUAUACUUGACUCCACUCACAAAACCUGAUGCAGAGACGUGGUUGUAAAUUCAUGAUGAUGUGUUGCGUUUUUAACUUGAAUAAUAACAUUAAUAUUUGAAUGUCUUACUUAGUAAAUUUAUGUAGUGCAGUAUAAGUUAUCCGUGAAACUGAGGGACUGGCUUCUUUUUUUGUUUUUGUUUUUUUGUUUUUUUUGGAGGGUACAAGUUAUAAAAUUAAUUUAGUAUUAUAUUAAAUCAACGAACACUAAAUUGUUUCGAUUUGUCUCUUAUUUGAAGCUAAUAAUUAAUAUUAUCCUUUUAAGAAAGGAAUACGGUGUCUUUUUAUUGGUUUACUAUUAAAUCAACGAACACUAAA